AAGCAUCGAUCGACCUGCCCAUUAUCUCUCUCUAAGACCAUCAUGACCACCUCUCUCGACCUCCUCAAGCAAACCGGAACCGUUGUCGUAUCCGACUCCGGUGACUUCGAAUCAAUCGAUGUUUACAAGCCACAGGAUGCUACCACCAACCCAUCCUUGAUCUUGGCUGCUGCCAACAAGCCGGGAUACUCCCGUCUCAUGGAUGCCGCCAUCAAGUUCGGCAAGAGCAAGGGCGGUGACCUCGAGCACCAAACUAACGCUGCCAUGGACCGUCUGCUUGUCGAGUUCGGCAAGGAGAUUCUUGCUAUCAUCCCUGGCCGUGUAUCGACAGAAGUCGAUGCUCGUCUCUCCUUCGACAAGGCAGCCACCAAGGCCAAGGCUAAGGAGCUCAUUGCCCUCUACGAGUCCGUUGGUAUCAAGAAGGAGCGUAUUCUUAUCAAAAUCGCAGCGACGUGGGAGGGUAUCCAAGCCGCUCGUGAACUCGAACGGGAUGACAACAUCCACUGCAACCUGACCCUUCUUUUCGGUUUCGGCCAGGCUGUCGCCUGCGCUGAGGCAGGUGUCACCCUCAUUUCGCCCUUCGUCGGCCGAAUCCUCGACUGGUACAAGAAGUCAACUGGAAAGACCUACGAGGGUGAUGAAGACCCAGGUGUCCAGUCCGUGAAGAAGAUCUUCAACUACUACAAGCAACACGGCUACAAGACCAUCGUCAUGGGUGCUUCCUUCCGCAACGUUGGCGAGAUCAAGGCCCUCGCUGGUGUUGACUUCCUCACCAUUGCCCCCGCACUGCUCGAGGAACUCAAGAACUCGACCGCGCCCGUUCCCAAGAAGCUCGACGCCCGUGCUGCUGCACAAGCCGAGCCCCUGGCCAAGGUCACUUUCGUCGACGACGAGCCCGAGUUCCGCUGGGCCCUUCUCCAGGACUCGAUGGCAUUCGACAAGCUCCAUGAGGGUAUCAAGAAGUUUGCUGAGGAUGGCGAGACGCUCAAGGGCCUCCUCCGCCAGAAGUUGAGUGCUUGAGUCUCCGGCGAUUGAUAACAGGGCAACGAGUAGUUGUAGUAAUAUUGUAGUGUUCACAUAAACAAAAUUCACUCGCCAGUUAUGUAUUUGGCAAUAGACUUUUUUUCUGUGCA